UGCUACUCAGGAAGCAUAAUGUUGUUAGAGAAUCAGUCUGUUAGCUAUGGUAAUUUAGGAAUAUGGCGCAAUUUAAAUUAUGCCGAAUUAGCUACUAGCAGUUCUCGUUUGCAACGAAUCCCUGUCUGCUCAGACAACUGUUACUGAAUUAAUUUGACACUGAAGUAAACUUAAAAACACGAUGAAUCUCGAGCAAGUUCUGGCGUUUCAAGAGGCUUCUUUGUUCUUGGAUUUCCAAAUGGGUUUGUGAACUUUUUUUUUAUUCCUUAUGAACGUCAAAGACAAUGCCAUCUUCAAAAAGUGAAACAUUCUGUUUUUAUGGAAGAACCACUGGCUGGGAAACUCAAAACAGGAGAAAUAAAGUGCAAAAGAACAUCCUGGACACUUGAUGCAAAAAAUGUGGAGAGCGUCCUAAGGGGGGAAAGCAGGUCACAGCAUCCGGCAUAUCAUGGUGCAUCUGGUCCAGUGUUGGUGCCACUUAGCUGUAGAUGGAAGGACCAACUGUCACUGAAACGUUUCCUGGAACAUUUUCAGCCUGUUUGCAACAGAUACCGGAGUGCAUGUUGGCACAUAAAGGACGACGUGGCUCCGCCUUUACGCACGUCCUCCCCGCCCAUCUCCUCCUCGAUGCGGCCACCCAGCCGACGCACAGGAGCUGCUGCAUUCUGAGUUGCGCCUGUUGUGAUCAGGGAGCUGCUCAAGUCUGGACUGAAGACACGCAGCGGGACGUUUCCUCUCAACACCCGGAAUCUAUAAAGUGCAUUCUGGUCGUUCAUGCCUCAGAAGAAAGGGCACAGGGCCCGUUUCACCCGCUGCAGUUCACACAGUGGACUCUUGUUUUUGGGGAGGUUGAAACUGAAAAUUGGAGUAACGUCAGGAGCCGUUUCGGAGAUGAAUACGCACCGGGACUAGAGACUUCUCCGUCCUUCGGGACAUUUCGGGGCGUCCAGCUACGCACCAGGACUUGUCUGGUCUAUUCAUGGAUUACAACAAGCUUUAAAAAAUAUUCCGGACUAACAAGUAACGCACACCCCACAGCGCCGCGCCCUCUCGCCAAUGAAAUAUCUGCCUUCAGGAUCAGCUGCGGAUCGUGUAAGCAAGAGGAUCGAGCUCAGUGAGUCCACCGAGUGUAAGAAGUCCCGUCCCGGUGCCGUGGUCUCUUUGCUGACCCCUCUGGACCCACUUCGUCAGGCAAAGCGGCUUCCUAUCAGAGUUAUCAAGAUGUUGACUGCGCACACUGGACACUUGCUACACCCGGAAUAUCUACAGCCUUUGACGUCCGCACCAGUCAGCAUCGAGCUGGAUGCCAAGAAGAGCCCCCUGGCCCUGCUGGCACAGACCUGCUCUCAGAUUGGUAAACCAGACCCUCCGUCUUCCUCCAAGCUGGGCUCCUCCUGCAGCCAGGGGGACAAGGAGCCCAGCAGUCGGUCAUCCAGCUCCAGCCUGAAGCUUGGGGACCACCGCCACUCCCUGGAGGACAAAUCGAGCUUCAAGCCGUACAACAAAGGCAGCGGAGAGUGUCGCAGAGACGCAGCAACCAGCAGCAACAGCAAUGAGAAGGUCGGGUUCAGGGUACCCAGCAAUAAUGUUACCACUAAUGGAAAUUCAACCAGUGGUCAGCAGUCCUAUCCACCGCAUGCUGCCUCACCCAGCUCUAGAUCCAGUAGUGGCACGCCACCUGGACACGCUCAGCAGCCGCCUCACAGACAGAGCCAGUCUCCUGGUAGACAGUCACACUCCCAGACUGUGAAUGGAGAAGCUGCCCAUGAGCAGGGCAGCCCUACCAGCAUGACCAGCAGCAAUAACCAUCAUCCCAAAAAAGACGCUGAAGUUAACAAGGUGACCUCGGACAGUCCUCACCACGCAAACUCCAGCCACGUUCGAGCCAGCGCAAACUGCAGUAAUGGCAGCUCUGACAGUGGCUCCAACCAUGAGGGAGGUAAAGCGGAGUCUGCCCAGCCUAACCUCGGCCCGGGACAUAUUACUCCCAUUUCUCCGUACAAGACAAGCCAACCACUCUUCCCGCUGCCCUCUUCUAAUAUGGGCUACCACGGGUCUGUAGUGGGUGCCUACACAGGGUACCCAUCUCAGUUUAUUCCAGGGUUGGAUCCAACAAAGUCCAGUCUCAGCGUGGGGAGUAUAGGAGUUCCAGGAAAGCACCCAAGCUCCAGCCCUCUCACGGGCGCCUCCCCACCUUCCUUUAUGCAGGGUUUAUGCAGGGACCCCUACUGUUUAAGCUACCCAAGUGUAUCCCAUCUUGGAGGAAGCAACUGCAACUCCUGCGUCCACGACCCUACCUCCACCCUAAAAUCAAGCUUCCCAUUGGUAUAUCCCUCCCACCCUCUCCACUCCCUCCACCAAAGCCCCCUGUCAUCCAGUGCAUCCUCCUCCCUUUCCCAUCCCCUCUACACCUAUGGCUUCAUGCUCCCCAGUGACGCUCUGCCUCACGCCUGUAACUGGGUGUCGGCCGGGGGGCCGUGUGACAAACGUUUCACCACAUCAGAAGAGCUGCUGGCUCACCUGCGCACACACACAGCCUUGCCUGUGGGAAUGGACAGUAAGCUGCUCUCUGUUUCCUCAUCUGGACCUGCCUCCUGCCACCUUCACCUCCCACACCAGAGCAGUCCAGGCUCCAUGCCCAGCUCCCUCUCUCUCAGGGCUCCCCCCAGCCUGGGUUUAGCUCGCUAUCACCCCUACAGUAAGGUCCAUCUGCCCCCUGGGCCCUCCUCCAUCUCCCUGCACUCUCUGCCCACCACAGGCCCAUACUACCCUCAUUAUGCCCUCUACAGUCAGAGACUGGGAUCAGCAUCUGCGCUGGGCUACCAGUGAUACACCACCUGCUUAUGUGUUUAAGAGAAUAGCUUGACAAUUUGGGAAAUAUUCACUUUCUGGUGCAGAGUGAUUUGAGAAGACUGCAGCCAACAGCAUGUUGGUGUAGCUUAGCACAAACACUGGAGAUAAGGAAGUAGCUAGACUGACUUUGUACGAAAGACACACAAAGCUCCAAAAGGUCACUAAUCAACUCAUCUCUCUCUUGUUUAAUAAGUGAAAACCCCAAGUGUAAAUGCUACAGAUCUGUGUUUUACUGAGGACUGGUUUCCAGAAAACAAGAUUUGGUGCCUGGCCCUGAAAUAGUCACAUAAUGUACACAACCCUUUGGUUGUGGCAAAUUGUCAUUUUUACACAAUUAUACAAAUAAGAUAUUUUAGAUUUUUGUUUCAUUUACUAACAUGUGGCCAGAAAAAGCACCAAAUUCUCACAUCUGCUUGAACCAGCCAAUGUUUAGAAUUUUCAUUUGAAAAAAAGACUUGAACUGAUUAAAAGCUUAUCAGAAUAGUUGACAAUUAAUUCUCUCUUAAUCAACUAAUGAAUGUAAUUAACUAAUUGCUGGUGUUAAUUAGUAUCCAGCUGCAGUGAGCUGUUACCUCUAGGCACAGCCAGGCUAGCUGUUUCCCCAUUUCCAGUGUUUGUGCUAAGCUAAGCUAACUAGCAGAUGCUAGCUGUAGUUUCAUAUUUAGUGGACAGACAAUUAGAGUGAUGUCUCAUCAUCUGAUUCUUCACCAGAAAGCCAAUAAUGAAGUUUUCCAAAAUGUCAAACUAUUACGUUAAGUUCGUCCUUCAUUGCAGCAGGAUGCUGCUUCUGACUUAAGCCUGGGUUUAUGUGGAACAAAGAUGGGAGCACAAAUCCUGCAUUUUGACUUGGGAGCGUCUUCACACUUUCUUUAUACAUUAUAUAUGACUCUUUGUUUCAGUGUUUGGGGCUCCACUCCUACAGAUCAGAGGACAUGUGGCUCUUGCAUGUCUGCACAUUGCUCGGAUACCUUUGCAGCAGACGUGACUGCCCUUAGGUGACUUUUGCUGCUGCGUGGGCUUGGCAAAUUGAUGGCUGGAUGCUGUGUAAUAGCUGUUGGAUGUUCAGGGUUCUUGCUGCAGAUGAUGGUUUAGUGCAGAAAAAUGCAGUGAGGCUGGGAUGGCAAUAAGCUGCUGCCGUGAGCUGGUGUGAGUCCGGCCACAGUCGCUUUCUCCCUGCAAGAGAUGCAUGUAAGCUUGACACAGCAUACACACUUAACUGUUUAUUCACCCGCAUGGU